AACGCUGACCGGCCACGCGCCGCCGGUGCCCCGGAGCCGCGGCGGUGAGCGCGACGCCAUGGCGCUCAACGGCACAGCGGAAGCCACCACGGCCGCGCUGCCAGCGCCCGACGACGCCGGCAACGCCAGCAACGUGACGUUCGUGAUGUACUCGUGGGGAGACGCUAUUCAUCCCAGCGGCUAUUCGACGCCGCGCAUCGUGCUGACUGCGAUUGCAGUGACGCUCAUCAUGGUGGUGGUGGUGGUGGGCAACAUGCUGGUCAUCAUCGCCAUCGCCACUGAGAAGGCGCUGAAGGGUAUCCAGAACUGGUUCAUCGCCUCGCUGGCCGUGGCGGACUUUCUGGUAGGCCUGGUCAUUAUGCCGUUUUCGCUGGCCAAGGAGCUGAUGGGCUACUGGAUCUUCGGCGAGCUCUGGUGCAGCCUGCACGCUGCCAUCGACGUGCUGGUCUGCACCAGCUCCAUCAACAACAUCUGCCUCAUCAGCCUGGACCGGUACUGGUCCAUCACGCAGGCGGUCGACUACCUGAAGAGCCGCACGCCGCGGCGCGCCGCGCUCAUGAUCGCCUUCGUCUGGCUCUUCAGCGCCCUCAUCUGCAUCCCGCCUCUGCUCGGUUGGAAGAAGACGCGGCCGCGCGCCCAGUUCCCGCAGUGUGAGCUCUCCGCCGACGUGGGCUACGUGCUGUACUCGGCGCUGGGCAGCUUCUACAUCCCCUCCAUCAUCAUGAUCUUCGUCUACAUCCGGAUCUACUUCGCAGCUCGCAGCCGGGCGCGCCGGUACGUGAAGCGGCGUCCACGCGCUGCCCCCGUCUCCACCACGGCGCUCACCACCGCCGAGGUGCACGAGCCGCUCGGCGGCGACCCAGACACCUUCAAGUGCGAUCGUCCACCGCAGGGCGGCGCCACUGACAGCUGCCGCUCCGCGGUGAGCCGCACGGCGUGCGCCGAGCGAAGCGUGGCGAGCACCGGCGCGCCGGAAACAAAUGGCGCACUGGCCGCGCGUCGGACGCCGUGCCGCGAGUCGGACGCGGACCCGUCGUCGUCCGGGUCGGGUCAGAUCGGGUCGGGUCAGAUCGUCAAGUGCACCGUAAUCCGGCCGCUGAAGCGGCACUUCUGCACUCCCAUGUGGAACAAGAGGUCGUCCAAGGCGAAGCGAGAGAUGAUCGACAUGGGCCGGCUGAAGGUGCUGAGGGGCACGUCCAGCCGCAUUGGUCGCGACCCGGAUCGUGAUAAGCGCCGGCUGGCGCGCAAAAAGGAGAAGCGCGCAACACUCAUCCUGGGGCUCAUCAUGGGCUCGUUUAUCGCUUGCUGGCUGCCCUUCUUCUUCCUGUACGUGCUGAAGCCACUCUGCCAGAGCUGUCACGUAGCCGACUGGGGCUUCGACUUCGCCUUCUGGCUGGGCUACAUCAACUCGGCGCUGAACCCGGUCAUCUACACCAUAUUUAACAAGGACUUCAGGCGGGCGUUCCGGCGGAUUCUGUUCAAGUGAAAGCCCAGGCUCAUGGACUGCUCGAGUGGGAACGCAGCUGGCAGGGGUUGACUUGAAGUGGCCUCGACAGUUGCCCUACUCCGGACUCCGGAUUCUGAAGUGUCCUCGACAGUCGCUGUACUCCGGAAUCCGGAUUUCGAAGUGACCUCGACAGUCGCCGUACUCCAGACUCCAGAUUCCGUUGCGAGUCCUGAUUCCAGGGCCGCCACGGCUCUCACCCGAGACGUUACCUUUCCGAACUUUUGGCGGAGCGCACGGCGGAAGUCCGAUGGUGGUCAGAACAGCUUCACUGGAUGCGAUAUUGUGAUAGCGGUUUUUGUACAGUACUGGCGGUGACCCGUACAAAGAACAGAUGUUCACACGUGUGGUGGCAAUGUGAUGUGAUUAUUUUGCGCUGGGCACGCUGUACUUGUGUGUAUGGGGCUGUUGUGAAGCUAUCGGAAUAUCCUCUCUGCAGUGCUGGAGAAAUACAUGAGUUGGCAUUGCUGCGCAAUCUCGCUGCCCCAAUGACAGAUAGCAACGGCAGAAAUAAAAA